AUGGACACAGCCACCCACGGUGAAGCACGCUCUCUGGAGCCGAGAGAACCUAUGCAGUCUGGUCACUGGUUCCCAGCCCUGCGCCCUGACACCAUCGAUGAAUUUCACAGGGAAGCGGAAGCCCAAGAGCCAUCGAGCAGAAACGUCGAAUCCAACCCGCUCGGCAACACGACGAUGACGGGGAUUCCUCCAACACCUACUUCACGACAGAAUGGGGAUACCGGGAUUUCGUCGGAAGAUACAUCUACAAAGCCGAACAUUCAAGAUAAGCCUAUAACGGGUGUAGGAGGUAUCGCCUUGUCCAACGGGCAGGGAACGCAUACAACGUGGUCCUCUCAGCCCUCAGGCGGAAGUCUUGAGAGCGAUGAAUUGCCGUCUGAUGACGACAAUGAGCGCUUGGAUCCCGCUUGGGGAAUCAAACGUCUCGAUAGUGCGCAUAUUCUUGAUAAGGUGCAUCGCUCCACAACAUUUCCCGAGUUUGUUCCCCCCGAGACCGCAAAAGACCAACCGGCUGUCGACAAGGCGAUGAACGGAAUCGACUUCGAGACAGUCAAUGGCACUGCAGAAGUUUCGGAGGCAACACGGCAAGAAAGCGGCGCCGCGGAGCCACACAGUCUAUCAUGGACGGACGAUGAUCAUGAUGGGACGCGCGACCCUCAAUCGUGGACAAUCCCACCGCAGGAAGAAAGGGUUGAUGCGAUCACUGCACGCUUUGAAGAGGGCGUACCGCUUAUCCAGGAGGAUGAUAAGAGGCAGGCUGAUCAGGGGGCUCCAGAUGAAGGAUCACGACAAAAUCCCUUCGAAGCGACGCAAGACGACGAAGAAAGCACUUUCUUUUCGAACAUCAACGGGUCUACAGUCACAGCUUCGCAAAGCCCUCCUCUUGACCGGAAGUCUACCGCUCAGGUUCUGGAGUCGUUGGAUCUGCCUCGUGACGAUACACAAGAGUCUCCGCCAAUGUCAGCACCAGCUGAAACCUCUUUCUUUGACGAGUUGGCUGCUGGCACAGCGCCUAAUGCGGACAAUAAGAUGCCUGUUAUCUCAGAGACUGAAGAUGUCGACGCUAUGUGGGCAGCAGCACUUGGCGACGAGGAGUUUCUAGUGGAAGAUGCUGACGACCUGCUUCCUGAUUCCGAACCUGGGUCGCCGUCCUCUUUCAUUGCAUCUCUACAAGGCUCCUCAAAUAUACCAAAUAUCCCCACUACGGAACCGACACCCAAUGCCGUGCCCCAGCAACAACCCCAACCUCAAAGACAGAGCUCGCUCAACCCUUAUGCGCCUCAUCAACCUUCUACUUCUGAUUUGCUUCAGCUAUCUCCUACAGCCCGCACCACCCAUAACAAUGUGGGAUUGUCGCGUCCGGAGUUGGCUCCCAUAGGUUCCUUCCAAGCCCAUCUACAACAGGAACAACAAUCUCAGAAUGUAAAGAGCUUUGUUGAUCAGGCAAAAGACGGCUAUAAAUCUCCGUAUGAUCUGCCCCUGGAACUGAGCAAGUCAAGGAAGAGAGCCCAUGUUCCUCAGCCUGUUCAGACGACAAUGUCUGUUGCGCCGCCACCGAGGAGUAGCAGUCUGUCCGAGAAGCCUCUACAGUCGCCGUUUCAUCCGAACGUGCCGCAAAUGUCAGGGCCUGGUGUUAUGCCACCCCCAGCACCGUCACCUGCCAUCCCCCAGCGGAGCGUCUCGGCCUUCACGUCUAGCAAAACCGAGACACCGACAUCUGGUUCUUCUUCAAGCUUCUUUGAAGAAUUGCCGUUGGCAUCAAGGCCACGACAUCCUGGCCGCCACACUCCUCAACAUAGCAUAGUUUCUCCUCCGCCGCCAUUACCGGCACACAGCCCACCCGUUGCUCCUCCUCCUCCACCACCUCAACACCAACCUUCACCCCCUGUUCCCUCCGAUCCAUAUUCUCAGUAUCAGCUGCGACUUCCCGAACGUUUGGAUCCUUACGCAAAUGUCCCGCUGCAGCCUCCUCCUGUACCGGCAGCUACCACUGCCAGGUAUUCGCCGGCACCUGUCACAUCAACUCUAGGCCCUCGACCUGGGCCUUCUCCUCGAUAUUCUCCAGCACCUCCCCCACAAACUGCGACUGCAACGGUGUCAAGGUAUGCAGCGCAACCGACCCCACCCCCUGCUCCAUCUCAAGGCACGGCAGCAGUGCCAAACAAACCCCCUUCACAACAUCCACAUGCCGGACCCGCCAUCCUGCCAUUUCAACCUCGGACUUCAAGUCCACUUGCAUAUCACAAAAGCUCUGUCGAUGAAAAUGUCGACGGCAUCCCGGUUUCAGUCAUGCAGACCUCGCCCCCGCCUGCACCUGCAACCCAGUUCUCACCUCCUGGAGCUGCCCCUUAUUCGAUGACUUCCCCCGAUCGAGGUGGCCUGGUAGACUCUCAUCAGGCAUCAGCUACCAGACGACCGGGUAGCGAACAAUUACCACCUCCACGCCGAUCGCAAACUCAAUCUCCAUCCAAACAGCGCCCGCAGGGAGCAUUUCAUGCUUAUUCAAGCGACAUCAUCAACCGUCCAGCGUCUGCGUAUGGGCAACCGCCACCCAGUAGGGCCGUUGCGCCCCUGGAGCAUGUCCCGCCUGCAAGGCCUAGUGUCCGGGCUCGAGGGCUAGCUCCCGAAACCGAAUUCGUACAGCCUCAAGAUGACACGCAAUUUGAUCCUCUGGAGCGCUGGAAGGGUGCGCCUUUGUUCAAGUUCGGUUUUGGCGGCACCGUUGUGAGUACGUUUCCGAAACUUGUGCCCAGAUAUGCGACUGGCGCAGCACGGCCUCAGAUCAAGCCUACUGCUGGAUCAGUGUCCAUUCAAAACGCCAAAGAUGUGCUGCCGCUGGCGGAGCUUUGGAAUCAGUUUCCGGGCCCGUUGCGAUCCAAGUCGAAGAAGAAAGAUGUCCUGUCGUGGAUGGCAAAUUAUAUAAAUGGUCUGGAAGUGGAUGACCGUAAUAUUGUGCACGCUCCAUCUCAUGAUGAUCCGGCUACACGUCACCAUGAAAAGGUCCUGCUCUGGAAGAUCGUUCGUACCCUGGUGGAACACGAUGGUUCCCUUGAUGGACCGGCAUUGAAGGCAAUCAAUCUUUUGCUUUCUCCGGAGGUUCAUAAUGUGGAUCUGUCCAGUCCUAUCCAGUAUCGUGAGGGAGAACAGAUUUCUGGUAUCUACAGACCACCCGGUGCCAACGUGCGCCCCGACUCCGUGGACCCAAUGGCAGUUGAGACUUUACGAAAACGCUUGCUUGGUGGUGACCGACAGGCGGCUGUGUUUCAUGCCAUGGACAGCCGCCUGUGGUCUCACGCUCUCAUCAUAGCUUCGACGAUGGAUCGUUCGGUCUGGAGCCAAGUAGUGAGAGAGUUCGUGCGCCAAGAGGUGAAGACUACUGGUGAGAACACCGAGUCGCUGUCUGCUUUAUACGAAAUCUUUGGGGGUAACCUUGAAGAGAGUAUAGACGAGCUGGUUCCCCCGUCUGCCCGUGCCGGGCUCCAGAUGGUGAGCAAAGUCGAUACGGGCGGGCCGGCCAAGAACGCCCUUGAUGGCCUGAAUCGAUGGAAGGAAACCCUGAGUCUUGUGUUGAACAAUCGAUGUCAAGGCGAUCAUCAAGCCUUGGCAGCCCUUGGGAAACUCCUUCAGGAUUACAAUCGCAUCGAAGCGGCACAUAUUUGCUAUCUUUUCUCGAGGAGUCCUCAGAGACCCGUUCUGUUCGGUGGGCUGGAUGAAGAGCAUGCGGCUAUCGUCUUGCUUGGUGCGAAUCACAAAGCUCAACCAUCCGACUUUGGCCGCGACCAGGAUGCCAUUCUGCUCACGGAAAUAUACGAGUUUGCGACGAGCAUUCUAGCAGCAGGAGCAUCCUUGUCAUUCAUGCCGCAUCUUUCUAGUUUCAAAUUGCAACGAGCAGUAACCAUGGCGGAAUCCGGAUUGAGGUCGGAGGCACAAUCCUACUGUGAUGCAAUCGCGUCUACAUUCAAAUCGAGCACCAAGAUGUCGGCAUACUAUCAUCCACUAUUCUUGUCCGAACUGGAUGAUUUAUCCAAUCGGCUCAAACAAACGCCGAUUCAAGGGUCGUCAUCCUGGAUUGGAAAGCCCAGCCUGGAGAAAGUCGGGGGAUCUAUGUGGAAUAAGUUCAGCAGUUUCGUUGCAGGCGAUGAUAGUGACGCUGAAUCGAAGGGCUCGGGAAAAGAUGCAGUCGAUGCCGGUCCGUUUGCCCACGUCGCUGGCACGCCAUCGAUCAGCAGAACCGCAUCCCAGUCGGAUAUAUAUGGAUCUUACCCACAAUCUGCUCCCACCACAGUUGCUGGAUCCAGAUAUGCACCCAACGGCAUGCAGUCAACACGAUCCUCUGCAGAGAUCACGCGUGGGCGACCUUCUCUGGACUCACAAAGAUCGCCUCCAUCUACUUCCCACUCCCAAAACAAUCAUCAAUUCGAACCAAUGAACAUGUUUCAGCAUGUCCAAGCCCCGCCUGCUGCGAAUCCUUAUCAAGCUUUUGCCGCAGCAUCACCCCCAACUUCUUUCCCGCAGAGCCCUCCGAGGUCGUCUUAUAUGCCGAAUAAUAGUUCUCAGUUGGCGUCUGCGAACCCGGCUGCCAUGCGCCCCAAUGCCUAUGCGCCAACUCCACCUGCUGAAGAUGCCAUGCGACAAUCAUAUGGAUAUACCCCCGAGCCGGUUGUAGCAUCCCAGAUACCCGAAGAACCAGAGUCCUAUACCGGCUAUGAACCCCCUCGACCCGGAGAACCUGAGACAUCUCAACGGGAUGAUGACGCUGGGACGGGCUUCGAAGCCCCCACACAGUCUUACGGCUACGAGCCUCCUACCGGCGGGGGCUAUGUUCCCUACGUUCCGGAGCCCGACUCACCAGAGGAAUCCCCCACAGAAGUACGAUCUAAGAAGAAAUCAUUCAUGGAUGACGACGACGUUGACUUUCCCCGAAUUUCAAACCAGCCGCAGGAGUCUGGGCCGAAGUCUUCAGGAGAAGAUGGGACAGCACGCAAACGUGCGAAUGACGCUGCAGCAGAAGCCGCCUUCCGUGCCGCAGCGGAAGCAGAUGCUGCUCGCGAAAAGGAGAAGAAAGAAUCCAAAAGAUCUUCGUCGUGGUUUGGUGGUUGGCUGGGAGGAAAGAAGACUGAAAGUUUGGAUGCCGCACCAAGCAAGGGCGUCGAUCAAAAGGUCUACCGGGCAAACCUUGGCGAAUCGAAGAUGAAACUGUACUACGACAAAGAACUUGGGAAAUGGGUGAAUCCCGACAAUCCGGAUGCAGCAAAGAAGACAGCAACCCCUCCGCCCCCGAGGAUGGGAGGCACCCCAGCGCCUCCUAUGAGCUCUGGAGGCCCUCCAAGGCCUCCAAUGAUACCUACACCUCCAACCUCUCAUCCGAAUCUUCCAGACCUAGGUAUAGGACCCCCGUCAGCGCCAUCGAGCCGUGCUGGUACUCCUGCAAACGGACUUGGAGCAUCAGCAAGACCCUCGCCACAAAUUGGAAUUUCUGGUCCUCCCAGUGCCACCAGUACUCCUCCAAUUGGUCACCCUACAACUCCUGGCCUCGCCCCACCACCGCGUCCUGCUACGGCAAUGAGCAAUGCUAGCAGCAUUGAUGACCUGAUCGGCCCGGCUACCGGACGCAAGGCUGGGAAACCUGGCAAGAAAGGAGCCAAAUCGGGCAGAUAUGUGGAUGUUAUGGCGCAAUAG